AUGAAGAUGGGCCAGAAGCCCAAAUCGGGCUUGCGACAGCGCAGUCGCACAGCGCUUCUUAUCGUGGCAUGUGCCCUCGCACUCUACGCCGGCGUCGUACAGAUCUUGACCCUGAUCGCCGGCACAUGGGUCACACGGGGCUGCGAUGGCGUCCAGCGAUUGGGACUGUCAAGCCUGUCAAUACUAAAAUUUGACGGCAUCGUCCCCUCACCCUCGAAGCCCGGCUCAUACGAUCUCACGAUGCACCUCUUCCUCUCCUCAUUUGGCUACGAGUACCCAAACGCCUCAACCGCGGCCUUCGCUACCGCCGAGUCCAACUUACCAUAUGACUUCAUCCAGAUCGGCGAGCACCUCGGCGUUGACCCCUCCUCAUGGGCCUGCCUCCGCAGCGCAGACCAGUGCACAUCACCAUUCUUCAACACAUUCAGCCGCGACAGCUUCGAAAUGAGCCGCACGCUGGAGUACGCCUCGCAUAUCCUCGCCAUCGCCUACAUCGCCGUCCUCUUCCUCACCGAAGCCCUCAUUGCCGCGCGCCCGAGCUGGCUGCGGUGCCAGUGCUACUUCGCCGCCCUGAAGCGCGUGUGUCCCUGCCCGCGCGGCUCGCGCGCCCAGAUCGAGGCCCUGUCGCCGGGGUUUUGGGACAGGUACCGCGCGUGGGUUUGGUUCACCCUGCCGGCGUUUGUGUUUCUUCCGGCGUUCGGACUGGUGAUGAAGGGGCUGCUGCUCAAGAGCUACGUGAGCCGGCCGGGGGCGGGGGAGGUGGAUGCGCGGUUUGGGGAGGGGUUUGUCGUGGUGGAGGCUACUGCGAUCGGGGCUGCGUGUCUGGCGGUGGUGUGUGUGUAUGUGAGGGCGUCGUUGGGGAAGAAGGUGAACUGGAUGGAGCAGCAGGGCGGUGUUGCUGAUGAAGAAACCAAAACUGCGACCGUUGGUCUUCUGUCGAGGGGGUUCACUGAUGCCGAACCGGACAUGCCCCUCUCAUCGGACCCUUAUGGUUCAAAUUGCGACCGAGAACACGCUGGCGAGAAGGAGGAGGAGGAUGAUGAAGAGCAGCCGCUCAGGCGCACAUGA